AUGAACAGUAGUCGACGAUCUUUAGCUCAGCAACAAAGAAGAGCACGCAAGAAAGAAGCACAAGAAAGCGAAUUGAGCCGAAGGGGCAUAGUUCAACAACAAAGACACUUACAUGAAAGAGAAGCUCCAGGGAAUGAACCAAGUCGAAGGUCUAUAGCUCAGCAACAAAGAAGAGCACGUGAGCGAGAAAUCUGUGAAAAUGAGCCAGGGUUAAGAGUUAUUGCCCAACGUGAUAGACGAGAACUUGAAAGGAUGGAAAAUUUAGCUGAUACGCCAAAUAAAAGAUCUAUUGCACAACAAUCGAGAAGAGAGAAUGAACGAUCGAAAAGGGCACGUAUUCAAGAAAAUGUGCGUCAUUACCUUGGCCAUAUGGAUUCAGAGUGCUCUUAUUGUAGUGCACUUCAUUGGCUCGAUGAACGUCUCACUGUCUCUUCAAAAACAAACCCAAAGUUUGGAAAAUGCUGCAAACAAGGAAAAGUUAUUCUUCCUACUCUUCUUGACCCACCUUUACAUUUACGGCGUCUCUUCGAAAGUCAAGAUGAACAGAGCAAAGAAUUUCGUACAAACAUACACUAA